UCACUGGAGCAAAUUGCUCCUGCGAGGAGAGAAAAUAAAAAACGAAAACCUUGCAACAACGCAAAGUUGUUUGAGGCGGUGACACGGGGAGUCGAGAAGUUUGCCAUUCAGAACACGCGAUACGAUGUGGUGGCUGCCGUGGCGUGCAGCACACCGGUGUGGAGGAGUUAAUAGCGUAAAAGCCCGCGAAUUAUAGUGAUUAGGCCCACAUGAGUCGGGGAAAUCAAAGUGGACUGCCGCGUCUCCUCGCCUAUGUCCGGGCCGUGCAGGGUUGACUGGCAACGAAAGAGCGACGCUCAACUACUCGAGCAUUGGGGGUUCAGCAUUUUUAGGCUGACAGGUUGGUGUGCCGACAAAAUUCCCGAGGACAGAUCGGAGGUCUCUUUCUUGUCAGUGCACACCCCUACCAAAUUUGUGAAGUUUGCACUGCCUAGGGAGACAAACAUGGAAGGGGACAACAUAGACCGGGCCCGUCUUCUUGAUCGGUACACCGAGGCGUUGGACCAAAUUGAGAGGAACAUAAGGGAAACCAAGCAUACGGAUGACAUCCCGAAGAAGCCGGUUCUGGAGCAGUUGGCAGACAAGGCGUCAACCGACGACGACGAGGCCGGCUGCGGGGCCAAAGCGAAGCUGUGCCAACCCUGCACCGUCGAGUAUUCCACGCUCAAGUUCAAGGCCUUCUUCUUCCUGUUCAAGGGGAGCAAGUCCUGCAUCGUGCCCUUCCUGCCCGUCUACUACCAGCAGCUGGGGCUCGUAGCCAGCCAAAUCGGCCUGCUCCAGAGCUGCUCUCCCUUCACCCAGAUCCCCCUGAUGAUGGCCAUCACGUGUCUGGCCGACCGGCUUAACAUGCGUAAGACCCUCAUCGUCAUCAGCCUGGUGGGCUGGAUUCUUGGCAUCAGCCUGAUAGCACUGGUGCCCGCGCCCGCCCACCAGUCGUGCGAGGCAAUCUUCGCACGCUUAAAGGAAGAGCACAAGCCCAGCUUCAACGUCAGUAACUGCGUGACCAACGCCACCAACGCCCUGAUAUUCCCAGUCGAGGUGGACCCAGGUCUGUCAUCGAUCCCCGAGAGGACUACCAAUACUUCCCGAGUUUUGGACACCCCCUCCUACCAACCAAACGUGUCCCUGGACUUCGGAGAGUAUCUUCAAACUUCGAUGCCGAUCGGUCUCCCACCCAGACCACUCAACUUUUCCAGGGACCUUAUCUACGCGCCCCUGGAACAGAUCCUCCCGGGAACCCACAGGAAGUUCGCCAGCCGCUUCACACACUCGCCGUUCGGGCCCGUGCACCGCAUAUACAGCCCCUACCACUUCAACAAGCGUGAUGUUAACGGCUCAAGCCUGGAGGACGCCGUGACUCUGACGGAGUACGACUGGCUCUACCGACCUGCGGACCUCAAGAAUCUCUUCAUCGUCUUCUUGCUCCUCAGCGUCUUCGGCUCCGUGUUCCAGGGCCCUGUGCACGCGCUUAGCAACGCCGCUGUGUUAGACAGUCUAUACAUCAAGGGGAACACGGUGGAUUACGGCUACCAGAAGGCGUUUGGCCCCGUCGGGGCUGCUAUCGGUACUCUUUCCAUGGGAGCAAUCCUUUCUGUUAUGGAGCAUCCCACGGUCUUGUUUGGAGUCGAGAUACCGCACACGAACUACAGCGUUGCCUUUAUUACCUUCGUGGUGACUAUGGUCCUAUGUCUGCCCCUGGCGUUCACAUUCGACGCGCCUCCGAAACCCAAGGACACUUCGGAGUUCUCAGUGAGGGUCCUCGUGCAGGUCAUCUUCAGCGCCAAGUAUGGCUCGUUCCUGCUGGCCAGCGCCUGGACAGGCGCGGCGUCCGGGCUGAGUAGCAGCUUCAUCUUCUGGUACAUCAUGUCAGUGGGAGGCUCGCACGUUAUCAUGGGAGUAGCGGGCUUGGCAGCUCUGGCAGCCGAGACUGCGACCUACUUCGCCCUGCCCCAGCUCAGCCGAGUGACCUCUCAUCAUACGCUCAUGCUGGGCUGCCUCCUCCUGGUUGUGAUCCGAUACUUCCUUUACGGUAUCGUGCGGGGUCCCUGGCUGCUAGUGAUCCCAGAGUGUUUUAAAGGUGUGAGUGCAGCCAUUGUGGAGUACACGCUAGGCGCCAUCUUUGCGGACGAAGAGUUAGUCUCCUACUCUUGCUCACUUCAGGGCUCGUUCCUCUUGGCAUACUACGCGGUAGGCUACGGUAUCGGCAGCAUCCUGGGCGGUGUGGUUAUCGACGCACUCGGCGCUGUCAAAUCAUUUUUCGUAGUCUCUCUCAUAUCAUUAAUACUGUCUGUGCUGUUUCUCAUCAUUAGGUCGAUACGGUACGGAUACGAAAAGCUACAAGAUUGAUAUCUUCUUUAAAUUAAGAAGUUAAGUAAAAGUAACUAGUGAUAAAUUAUACUACCGUGCAUAGGCCUACAUGUACCCCUGGUUUAAAGAAAUUGAAGGUGACACAUGGAGUGUAUACCAUAUUCUUUAUUCGUGUAUUCAAUUAUACGCUAAACUGAAGUCAGUCAUAUUGACCUGAACGGCUGGAAAGGCAUCUCUGAAAUUAAACGAGCUGAAAUUGACAUCAAAUAUAAGUUGUGAAAAAUGAAUAGAAAAAAUAUAUAGUGCUUAGUCAAAAAUAUGAUAGUGUAGCUGGACUUGUCACUGUUUUCAUUCUAGGGCUAGAGAAAUCCAUUUUCAGACGUGUUGCUUUGUGGCUAUCCACUUUGUCGCUAAUACGGGUGAUUCACUAUACAGCGCGCCACCAAGAGUUCGCGGAAGACAGGUCACUUGCAGGUUCACGUUCGACACGCUGCUGCGAUAAAGUGCACUUCGUACAUAAUUUGGGGAUAUGUGAUUGAUUGAGGCGUUCCGUCAACCACACAAAACCAUAAUUUUGACUACCUAACACUCAUUCUUCAGCUAAUAAACCAACAUUCGAGAAAAAAAUCAAGUUUUCAGGGCACAGUGCAGUUAGUGAAUGAGGCUUUGGCGACUGUUUGUCCCACAAUGCACUGCAAAAGGCCUCGCCAUAACAAACCAUCGGUGGCGCACUGCACUGUGAAUGACCUCUUUUGACGAGUGGAUUUAAUUUAUACAUAACCAAUAGGAGUGAGGGAAUCCUCAAGACUCUGAUAGUUACAACUACGUCAAUUUCAUGCGAUAUUUACAAAAAGUGUGUCAAAGGAAGUGCAAACUGAGCACUUUAUAUUUUAUAUAAGCGUAUAUUAUAAAUGUGUACAUCUGUAUGUACUUUAUUGCUUGUAAUCAAGAUAUUUUACCUGCUGGAGUGAUUUUUAUUCUUGUAAUGGUCAACUCCACGCACCUUCCAACAUUUUAAAUCGACUUUGGGUGACGAGGUGUAUCUUAUAAUCAGGGAAUACCACCAGUCUGAGAUAUUAACUAGAUUUUAAAAAGGUAGAGGAAAAAAUCUGUAAUGGUGAUUUUGUUCUUUAUUUGACGUUGGUCAAUUAUUGUUAUAUUUGUAGGUAACUGUUCCUCUGCUUGGUUGCUACUGAAUGCAGAAUACUGCGCAAAAUGUAAAUCGCGGGCAGAGGGAGAGAGACAUUAUUCGAGAUUAUCCUGGUGGCACAGUAGAUGUACAACUGCCAUGUAAUGUACUGUCUCUAGGGCCUACGAAAUAUUGAGGGGCUAUAAAACAAAAGCACCCCCCUUUUAGGGGUUUCAGCGU